ACCAGCUUCAUCGAGGAAGCGCUUUGUGCUGCGGUGGUUCCGUCACUGAGGGAUAAGAAGACCAGACUUAGCUCACGGCUUAGCAAGGCCUACCUCGAUCCGUUUACCGACCUUAAACGUUUCCGUUUUUCGCGGCUGGCGGAAGAGCUAGCCGCCAUCUCGCCAUAUUUUUUUUCGUCACGUGGAAGGCCGAAGCGGCUACCAUGGAUUUUUAAGGCGUAAUGCGGCGGCACUAAGGCAAUGGCAAUGCAUCGUGCAAGGCAAACCCCAAACACCAUCUUCGCAACUGCCAAGCAGUUGGGCCCGAAUACCGUCCGCGGUAUCCCGGUGAGCCAGCCGGUACCACUGCUGCUGGACCGGAGGAAGUCCACUUUAGCGACCUAGUUCCCUUCGACUCGCCUUCGAGAGGCUAAAAAAAGUGAAGUCAUCGUUUCAUUUUAAACGCCACCGACUUGAAUCCAAAAGAAAAAAAUGAAGCCUCAAGACAUCAUCGCCGCGAAGAGCCUGUGGAUCUUCGGGUACGGGUCGCUGGUCUGGAAGCCGGAUUUCAAGUACAAGAGAAGCAAGGUGGGCCACAUCCGGGGCUACAAGAGACGCUUCUGGCACGGAGACAACCACCACCGUGGGAAUGAUGAAAUGCCCGGAAGAGUGGUGACGUUGAUCGAAGAUGAUGACGAAUGCACAUGGGGAGUGGCAUUCGAGGUGACCGGGGCUCAGGUGGACGAGUCUCUCUCCUACCUGAACGUGCGCGAGACGGUCUGCGGCGGCUACACCACCAAGAUGGUCGACUUCUACCCAGAGGGGGAGGAGCACGCUCCGGUUUCGGCGCUGCUCUACAUCGCCACCUCUGACAACCCCCUGUACCUGGGGCCGGCCAGCCCAGAGGAAAUCGGCGCCCAGAUCGCCGUGUCCAGCGGGAAGAGCGGCCACAACAUGGAGUACCUCCUCAAGCUCGCCAUGUUCAUGAGGAGCAGCUGCCCUCAAGUGGAGGACCGACAUCUGUUCUCCGUCGAGACGGCAGCUCUGACCGUGGUGUCGUAUCUGCUGGCUGCCCAGUAGCUCGUACCCUCGAUGCUAACAUAACUAAGUGACGUGACACCAUGUUUUAUUUUUAUUUUCCUCCUUUUCAUCAAAGCUGACGGACACAAUGUUUGCACAAUAACACUCCGUCCAGACAGGUCAGCGGUUGUGAUCCACUCGCAACAUGACUGCUGUUUUCUUACUGUUGAAACUGACAAUAAAUUCUACAAACUCA